AUGAGCAAUUACAUAUCUAAAUAUGAGAAUAUUAAUGACGAGUGUAUUCCUUACAUUGAUCAAGCUAAAUCGAAAGAUGAUUUGAUUAAUGCAAUUUUUCCUUCUUUGCAAAUCAAUAGAGGUUGCUCAAAUUAUAUUAUUUCCAGGGCGAUAUUAUCAACUAAAAAUGAAAAUGUCGACGAAAUUAAUGACCAAUUGAUCGAUAGGUUCUGUGGAGACGAAAAUGUGUACUACAGUUUUGAUGAAGCAAAAGAUGAUAAGAAUAACUUCUAUCCGAUGGAAUUCUUAAACUCUCUAAAUGUUAGUGGUUUGCCCCCUCACUACCUUCGACUUAAAGUUGGAUGCCCUAUAAUAUUAUUACGGAAUAUUGAUCCUUCGAAUGGGUUAUGUAAUGGAACAAGAUUGAUAUGCAAAGGUUUUCAAAUGAACGUCAUCGAUGCAGAAAUAGCAGUUGGUCAUCAUGCUGGAAAAAAAAGUAUUUUUACCAAGAAUCCCUCUUUGUCCAUCUGCGGAUGA